AUCAUCGUUAUCAUUCAGUUUAUCAUUAGUAAUUAGACAGUCAGGGUCUAGUUAUCAUUCGCAUCAUGGAAGACGAAGUAGCUGCCUUGGUUAUUGACAAUGGGUCCGGUAUGUGUAAAGCCGGUUUUGCUGGGGAUGACGCCCCCAGAGCUGUAUUCCCUUCCAUUGUUGGAAGACCAAGACAUCAGGGUGUUAUGGUUGGUAUGGGACAGAAAGACAGCUAUGUAGGAGAUGAAGCUCAAUCCAAGAGAGGUAUCCUCACCUUAAAAUAUCCAAUUGAACAUGGUAUUGUCACCAACUGGGAUGAUAUGGAGAAAAUUUGGCAUCACACUUUUUACAACGAAUUGAGAGUUGCCCCAGAAGAACAUCCCGUCCUUUUAACAGAAGCUCCCUUAAAUCCAAAGGCCAACAGAGAAAAGAUGACACAAAUCAUGUUUGAAACCUUCAACUCACCAGCUAUGUAUGUAGCUAUCCAAGCUGUAUUGUCUCUGUAUGCCUCUGGUCGUACCACUGGUAUCGUCCUUGAUUCUGGGGAUGGUGUAAGUCACACAGUACCAAUUUAUGAAGGUUAUGCUCUACCUCACGCCAUUAUGAGAUUAGAUUUGGCUGGCCGAGAUUUAACUGACUACCUCAUGAAGAUCCUAACUGAAAGAGGUUACUCAUUCACCACCACUGCUGAACGAGAAAUCGUUCGUGACAUUAAAGAAAAAUUAUGUUACGUCGCUUUAGAUUUUGAACAGGAAAUGUCAACAGCAGCCAAUUCUUCCUCCUUGGAAAAGAGUUACGAACUUCCCGAUGGUCAAGUUAUUACUAUUGGUAACGAACGUUUCCGAUGUCCCGAAGCUUUGUUCCAACCAUCUUUCUUGGGUAUGGAAAAUGCUGGUAUUCACGAAACAACUUAUAACUCCAUCAUGAAAUGUGAUGUUGAUAUCCGUAAAGAUCUAUAUGCCAAUACUGUCUUAUCCGGCGGAACCACUAUGUAUCCAGGUAUUGCUGACAGAAUGCAGAAAGAGAUUACCUCCCUUGCUCCACCUACCAUGAAAAUCAAAGUCAUUGCUCCUCCAGAAAGAAAAUACUCCGUAUGGAUUGGUGGAUCUAUCUUGGCUUCUCUUUCUACCUUCCAACAGAUGUGGAUCUCCAAACAGGAAUAUGAUGAAUCUGGUCCAUCCAUCGUCCACAGAAAAUGUUUCUAAGAUGGAAGAGUUUUGUGUUGUCAUUCUGGUCAUUGUGUAUAUACUACACUACAAUAAUUUAAAAUAUAUACCAUCAGUUGUUUGUGAUAAACUGUGACAUAAUUAGACGUUUUUUUUAAAGUCAACAACGGUAGCCAAUUUUUACAAUUAUGCCUUCGGGUAUCUUGGUCGCAUUUCUACAAACUGGUCUAAUGGGUUUUUGUAGAAAACGACCUAGAAUAAAAGGUAUUUUGUAAGUAAACCGCGUUACCUAUAGCUCAGACCCUGUUUUGUUACUUCUUGCAAUAAAAUUGUUUGAAACUUAAUCGUUCUUUUAUCUCACUCGAGUUUGAUAUUCUCAAUGCGGAAGCGCAAUGGGCGCAAGCAUGUGAAAUAUUUUGUGGCAACAACGUGCCCUAAAAGCGCCGCCAUUAAGCCUUAUUGCCAGAUUUCUACUGCACGUCUCAGCUCUUUGAAGCUCAUAGAUCUACAGAAGAAGCAAGUCGUUGUUUUCCGGAUAGACCAAUAUCUACAGCUGGAAAUAAUAAUUUUGUAGCAUUGGCUCUUAUCUCUGUCCAUUGCCUCCUAGUUUGAAAUAGACCAGUAAGAUUGUGAUACUGGAUUUAUCUCCCUUUACAUAUAAAAUUUGAACCAUUGUCUUGUAUCAACUAUUUGUUUUCUUUUCCAUUACAAAUAUAAUACACAAAAACUCUC